CGGACACUCCUGCUGAAGGGGUCCUGAGAUGACAGUGUCGCGGAGCAGCGGUGUCUGACGUCACAUCAUGGCGGCGUCCACACGAGCGCAGGUGAUCUCCCUGUACAGGACGAUGCUGAGAGAGAGCAGCAGCUUCCCGUCGUACAACUACAGGACCUAUGCAGUGCGGCGGGUGCGUGAUGCCUUCAGGGCCAACAGUAAAGUAGAGGAUCCAAAAGCUGUGGCUCGACUGAUAGAGGAGGGAAAGCGGACAGCGGCGCUGAUACGGAGACAGGUCGCUGUGGGGAAGAUGUACGAGUCCCAGAAGAUGGUGUUGGAGUAGAUGGAUGAAGAGGAGGAGGAGGAGGCCUGUGACAGCAGACGACAGGAUGUGACAUCAGAGACGGGAGCCAAUCACUGCUCGGACGUCACCAACCUACUUCCUCCAUCUUUAAUUUGACACUUCGGUCACUGGUGGAGGUGGGAAUGCAUUGUGGGAGAUGUGGGACUGAAGAUAGUUUAAUUUUCCGAGCUGCACUGAUCACAGGAUCUUUACAUCAGAGUGCCGGGUUAGGGUUAUCUGUAGAUGUGAGAUGUUAUUGUUUCAGUCAUGUGAUCGUUCCUGUUUCCUCAUCACGUGGAUUCAAGUGAAGUUUGAACGUCUACGAGGACAGAAGCUUGUUUUCUGAAUCAGCGUUUAAAUCUCACGAAUUUCAAACUGAACCUUAAAAUACCUGAAAACAAGAAUAACAUGAAGAUUGAAUUGGAUCCCGAUCAGUGCAGCCUUCAUGCUCUUUUGUUUAAUUUUCCGAGUGUUACUUUUGUACUAUAACGCACAAUUAGUCCAUCCAUUUGAGAUUAUCUUCUUGUUGUAUGAAAUGAGGAGGACGGAGAAACUCACAUAUAAAUAAACUUCUAAAUGUA